AUGUCAUAUCUUGGUCAUAGCACACCGAAAUCAGGCAUGUUAAAACAAAACAUGAUUAGAUAUAAGAAUGAAAGUAAUAAAUUAAUAAAAAGCGUUAUGACUCAUCGACCUGAUAUAAUUAAGCUCAUUAUCAGCUAUUCUGAAUCCAUAAACGAAGGAAAAAGCUUGUUGGAUGAAGCUUGCACACAAUUAGUGCCUCGAGAUGCGUUAGUCGUUGCAUUAUUAAAAGUGGAAAAUACAACCAACGGAUUUAAUGCAAGAGAAUAUUUAAAGAAUGCACUUGCAAAGAACUCUAUCAAUUGCGCUGACGAAGUACAAUUUGAACAGUUGUUAGAACUCACAGGACAAUUUAACUUAACUAUAGAUAUGGCCGUUGUCCAUAUUGCCGUCACAGGGCAGAGUGUCGAAAAUUAUUGCACCGUUUUACAAUCUCUUAAAGAAUCUGUUUGUACCGACCGUUCAUACAUCAAGAAUUAUACCUGUAUUAACUCUUAUGCUACCUAUCUUUCUAGUAGGUUUUUAUCAAAGAAUUUAUUUGAAACGCUUACCAAUAAAGAUGCACAUUAUGCGGAAUUGAUAAUCCAUAGUAUAUAUCAUUUGAUGCAUAAGAUAGGAGACAAGGCACCAAAAGCUUUAUUUAGUUCCGCGUUAAUUAGGCUAGGUUUUACCGAAACACAUGCGAGUGAUAUUCUCCGUGUUCUCAUAAAUCUAAAAUUAUUAAGAAGUGAAAACGAAUUCCUUUAUAUCCAUAGCCUCAUUAAAGUUUCAUUGAACAUUGAGUUUAAUCUUAUUUCUUAUCCGAUGGAUUUAAAGACCAUCGUCGAAGAAUGUUCUCUAUAUCUAGAAAACUGUAGUCAGGUAGACUCUGAAUUGCCGGUGGUGUUUGAUAUCUAUCGAAAUGCCUUGCUUGAACUUUACCACGUGUUUACCAGUGGUCUAUAUAACGAUACAAGCAUUGGUAAUUUUGUCGUAUUUAACAUUUGUAAUAUGAGCAAUAUUUGUGAGAAUAUUGGUUUAGCUGACCAAAAAAUUUAUCUGGAGAAAUUGGCUAAUGUAGUGCAUGAUAAAAAUACCGAAGUAUAUGCGGAAAUAAUUACCUUACUUGCUUUUGCUGAGCGUAAUGCUUCAAACUAUUCUCAACAACUAAGACUCCUCCAAGAGGCGCAUAUUAUUAAAUCCCAUUUAUUCAAAAGUGACGAUCCAUUAUUUGCAAAGAGCCUAAUUAAUCUCGCCCGCGCAUUCGGAGAUAUUAAAAAUACUGAAAAACAGAGGGAACUCUGCGCGAAAGCUUUGGAAAUCAUAAAAAGGGAUUAUGAAUUAAGAUAUAAUACCUUAACGUCUAAAGAGCGAGCUGCAAUUGAAGUGGAAAUAGUCAUUGCCAUGGAAAAUUUUGCUGCGGGUCACGUUUGGUUCGACAAUGCACGGCUUAUGGAAUUGCUAGAGAAUAGUUUGGAUUUCUACAAUGAACAUCACCUCAAUUUUCCAGCGGUUAAGGAAAAUAUAUUAUCCAAACUGAUAUACAGCUACUGUAUAAAUGCACCUGAGAAGGCAUUAGAUGUGUAUCAACAUUGGGAAACCUUACAAAAGAAACUCUAUAAAGAAGGGACGCAAGCACAUGCUCGUCAUGCUGGAUUUGCUAUGAUAAAUUAUUCAAUGACGCUUUCAAAAAAUUCAAUUGCAAUUGUUGUGGACUUGUUAGAUUUGAGAAAUUUGCCUAUACCAAAGGAAGAAAGAAAGAAUGUUGAAGAAAAAAUACAGACCGCCAACGAACAAAAUUUACAAGCACGUCAGAUUGCAGACAAAGCUGCUCUCUUAUUAGCUACUUUUUAUCCCAAGGAUGAUUACAUAUUUACACAAGCAUCUGAUGCGUUAAGUAAGAUUAAAAUAAUCGAAAAUAAUUUUAUCGCGAUUCUGAAAUUGGUAGAGGGCGUUAAAUAUCUUUACGAUGGAAACCUCGAUCAAGUCAGAGUUACAUUUAAGACCGUUUUUGAAAUAACUCUUAACCAAGAAUUAAAGAGCGAAGCUUUAUCAAUUAUUUCAUUUAUUGAUCUUAUCCAAGCGAAAGAGAAGGGAACUAUUACUAACCGAAUACUUGAAGGCUUUUUUAAACAACAACAAGAUGCCAUCAAUAUUCAUGAUUCAGUUCCCAUUCAAAUGAGACUUUCCAUAACUUAUUUUGCUUAUGAUUUUCACGAACAGGCAAUCAUUCAUGCCGAAAAUGCUAUACAAAGAUUGCAUGAUAUACCGAACCUUCCAAAAAGAACAAAUAUGUCCUUUGACGGAUUUUUAAAGCCCAUUUUACCUAUCGUGUUUCAGAUGAUACUAGGAGGGAUUGAUAAGAUAAAAUAUUUUCCCAUUAAUUUUUUAGCGAGAUACGUUAUCAUUAACAGCUCAUGUGCCUUAGGGCAUACCCAUAAUGUAGCACAAAUGUUAAAAGAAUUUGCUCUGCUUAUUUCGUCUAAUGAAACCGCAAUCUCUCAUCUUUUACUCGGGUUUUGCUAUCAGAGGCAAGGAAAUUGGAUAUUAGCAUUGCAAGCUUUUAAUGACGCGUAUCAAAAACAACCAAAUUUACAUUUAGGUCGAGUCAGCGUUACAUUGGCUCAGUUUUGCAUUAAAUUUUCAGAAAUUAUAGAUGCUAUGGACAUGAAUAUGUUUAAAGAAAUUCGUGUAAUUAACACCAUUUUAUCAGAUUCAAAUCUAACGCAACAGCUUGACACAUAUGCAAAAUCUAAUAAGAUAGAUGUUAAUGAGGUUAAACUUUUCGUCAAAGCUAUUAAUGGCUCUUAA